AUAAAAUUCGCAACGCGUUUCAUGGUUAUACGAUAAUGAACAUACGUAUGUAUAUGCAGCUUAAAAGAUGAUAUAGAAAUGCCUACUAGCUUCCAGCUAUUUAAAUGCUGUGCUGGUUAAGCCAGUUGAUAUUACAGCAAGCCGCGCUAUAUAGAAACAAAGUUCUCGGUUUCUUUUAAUUCGCUGUCCUUUUGAAUUACAGAAGGCAAUAGAGCUAUAAUGUUGAGUUAUAUAUUUCUCGCUGUCUUUUUAGCUCUUGCGGUAAAUGUAAACUCAAUUCGAAACUUCGAUUGUGACUUCUCCAGCGGAACAUUGUGCCCAGGUUGGGGCCAGAAACCAUUUGACAACUUCGACUGGUCUGUUCGUAACCCUUCAACAAUUCAAGAGAUUACAGAUCCACUCCCAUCUCGCAGUAUUCGUUAUGGUGGACCAUUUGCUCAUGUAAAUGCAUCUACUAUACCAGGUGUAAGAUAUCACAGAAGAACAACAUUGGUUACACCAUGGGUGGUUUUAAAAGCGAACAAAGAAUACUGCUUGGAUUUUUGGUUUUUUCAACUAUCUAACAGAUAUCGUGGAGAAAAAUUGAAUCUAUACAUAGUUAACCAUUCUAAUACACAACGCUUGUUUGGUUCUUUUGCUACUUUUCAAAAUACUUGGAACAAAGGGCUAGCCCAGGUUAAAGGUCAAGGAUCUAAAAUUAAGUUCGAGUUUGAAGCUGUCCGGGGAAGCUGGGCACGGAAGACCAAUGUUGGUUUGGAUAAUAUAACUUUAUAUGAGGGACAAUGUCCACCAUUUAGAUUCAAUUGUAGCUUUGAUCUGCCCAAUCCAUUGUGCCCAGGCUGGACAACUUCAUUAUUUGACCCAAUCAACCCAGGAUUCAACAUGUCCAUAAACACAAACACAGGACUCACUGAAACAUCUGAACACACAGGAAAUGGUGGUAUGCAUGCAAAUGUAUUUUCAACAUACACUUUAGUGCUUCUGUCUCCGGAGAUUGUUCUAAACGACCACCGUGUAUACUGCUUGGACUUUUGGUAUUAUUUAAAUGCAGAAAUUAAAAUGAGCUUGGACAUUGUUCAAUUCUCCAACACAUUCCAAAUCCAGAAUGCUCUUGGCUGGUUUAGUGAGAAUUCAACUUCAUGGAAACACGGUUUUGUUGAAAUUGAAAAAAGCAGUAUAAAGACUCAGAUUGGCUUUAGAGCAGUUAAGUUGCAAUCCAGUAGAGUAGAGCACAGUAUUGGUGUGGAUGACAUUACUAUCUACCCAGGCCGUUGUCCAGCUGGAGGUACUCCGUCUUCGUUCAACUGUACUUUUGACAGAAACAAAGAUUUAUGUCCAGGUUGGAGUCAAAGUUUUGAAGACUCUGCAAAUUGGGGCUACAAAAAUGGACGUAUCAACAUUAAAAUAGAUUAUCCACGCAACUCAUUUGAAAGAUAUGCUUACCUUAACAUAAGAAGCAAUGAAACGGCUAAUCUUGUGUCUCCAACUAUCUAUCUAAACAGUUCAUCACAAUACUGCCUUACCUUUUUUCAUGAGGUGUCUGGUGGAAAUUUAAACUUAUACCAUAUGGUUGGUGAAACCACUAAGUUGGUUCGUACUUUCCCAACAACCUGGAGAUGGUCGAGUUACAUGCAACUGUUUAAUUUCUCUCAAUUACCUAACAAGUUCAUAUUUGAAUCUGUUGGCUUGCCCAAUCAAGUACACAGGGCAAGUCUUGAUGACAUUAUAAUGUAUCCUGGUGCAUGCCCUUCCUUUAACUGCUCGUUUGACGAAACACCAAUAUGCCUAGGCUGGUCUCAAUCUCAAACCGGUAGUCGUUGGAAUAUAUACAGAACAACUCCAUUAGCCAGAUUAAGGCACAAUGCUCCUUACAGAGACCACUCUGGAAAUGGUCUUUAUGCAUAUGCGCCUAAUGAACAGCCAGAAAGGGCUGGGCUUGUUUCAAAGCAACUUGAACUUAAAGCUAAUAGAAACUACUGCUUGGAGUUUUGGUUCUUCAAUAUUAGAAAAUGGCCAGAUUUAGGCUAUAUAGAAGUUGUUGCAAAACAUGGUUCAAGAAGUAAUGUUUUGCAAACUUUUACUCAAUCUCACAAUGAUUGGCAACAUGCACAAGUUGCUAUUACUGGCCAGCCAACGCAAAUUGAACUCUGGGUCAGGGAAGGACCAGCAAGUAUUGAUGACAUCACAAUGUAUCAGGGUUCAUGUUCGACUUCAGUCUUCAACUGCACUUUUGAUGAGUCACCUACGCUGUGUCAAGGUUGGUUGGAAAGUAGUUUUUCUCGCUGGUCUUACACAGAUGGUGCAAAUACAACACAAGUAGGAGCUCCUACAACAGAUCACUCUGGAGGCAAAUAUGCACUUGCUGGUGACAAUGUUGCUGGAUUUGUUCCAUUAUUAGUUUCACCAGGAAUUGUUUUAAACGAAAGUGACACAUACUGCUUGGACUUCUGGUUCUACAUCUCUGGUACAGCAAGAUUAGAUGUUGUUUAUUUAGAAGGGGAGUUAAUAAAUUACAAGAACGAAGUGUUGACUUGGUUUAAUACUCCAGCUACAAAAUGGCAGCAUGGAAAAGUUGAAAUAAAGAGAACAGAGUAUCCCAUUAAGGUUGGAUUUCAAGCUACGAGAAAUAACCAAUCAAUAAUUGCAGUUGAUGACAUCACAAUGCAACCUACAAGUUGUCAAAAUCCUACACUUCAUGUACCUGCCGAUCAGUUCAGUUGCAAGUUUGAUAUUACAUCCUCAUUUUGCAAAGGUUGGAGUCAGGAACCUGGAAACAAGAUGUUGCUGUUUUCACAAGGUGUAUUACCCAACAAUCGCUUACCUAACUUAGUUAAACACGAGCAUAGUGACAAUGGUGGUCGAUAUGCUUAUGUACCAGAACUUACAGAUUUCCAGGCCUCAAAUUCAGUUCAGCUUGUUUCGCCAAUCGUGACUUUAAACACUACUGCAAUCUACUGUCUCACUGCUGCAUUUUUAAACAAUGGUGGAUGGAGCAGGGAGAGGUAUGAAGUUAACAUUUAUCAAGUCAAGAACAAUAUUACGUCAGUGAUAUUGAGAUCAACAACAGAGAGAUCAUGGUGGCAACAAUUUGGGAGAACUAUCAAAGGAUCCAAUAAACCUGUUCAGUUUAUUUUUGAAUUAAUUUUUCCUGGUUCCACUGGCUUCUUAGCUAUGUUUCUUGAUGAUAUUGUAUUAUAUCCAACUUCUUGCCUUGACUUGCCAUUCAACUGCAGUUUUGACCAUCCCAAUCUUUGUUUAGGUUGGUCACAGAGCUGGUCAGAUCAACUUACUUGGCGUUUUAGAAAUAAACGGACUUCAUCAAGAAACACAGGACCUGAAUAUGAACACACUGAAAACAAGGGUUAUUAUGCAUUUGUGGAAGCUGAUACUGGUACUGCAGGUAACCCUGGUGUAAUAUUCUCACCAAGAAUUCAUCAAAAAAGUAAUGUCACAUAUUGUUUCGAUUUCUGGUACCACAAAAGGGGUGAGCUUGGUGCUGGAGGUCUGUUGAAUGUAUUUAAAACAAGUUCAAAGCGUUCCACCAAAAGAAAUUUAAUCAAGAGUUUCUCUGAGGUUCACACUCAUUGGAGACAUUCUUUAAUUGAGAUGAACGGAGAAGCGAAACCAUUUAUAAUUGGAUUUGAAGUUAUACUUGGUAACAAUAAUUCCGAUAUUGCAAUUGAUGAUGUUGCAAUGUAUGAAGGGAACUGUCCUACUUCAAAAUUCAACUGCACUUUUGAUGAUGAUGUGCCACUUUGUGAGGGUUGGACUAUGGAAGAUCCACAAAUGGGUCCUGCCCACGAUAGAUAUAAUUUUACAAGCAAGCGAACAUGGCCCACUAUUACAGGAACUGCAGAAGUUACAGAUCAUCGAGGACAAGGUGGAAAGUUUGCUUAUGUACAACUACCUGUAUACUAUCUGCCAGCUACAUCAGCAUUGCUAGUUACACCAAACAUUUCAAUUAAAGAAAACACAUCAAGAUGCCUUGACUUUUGGUACUAUAUUCGUGGUGGAAGACUUCGCCGUCUAGAAGUCUACUUGUAUAAUCACCCAACCAGCUUACAAUAUAACAAUGUGCUGACUUGAUUCACACAGAGAACAACAGAAUGGGUGAAUGCUAAAGUUAAUGUUCCUGGAUUUGCUCAGCCAAUACGGAUUGGUUUUCACGGGGAGAGAUCAAGAGACAGUUAUGCAUUUUUUGAUGAUGUUGUUCUUCUUCCAACACCAUGUCCGGAAACUCCAGCUACUCCUGUUGGACUAUCUGAAUUCUCUUGUUCUUUUGAUAAAACUGAAGACUUUUGUCACGGU